AAGUUGUUUGAGUGAUGAUUGAAGCAAAAAAACAUUGGAAGUAGGAGAGGCGAAAAACCGUUUUUUAACCAUUUACAAAGUUAAAAAAUUCUCUGUUUUUAAAUUAAAUAAUCAUUAUGCCAUUAUUACAGGUAUAACGAUGACAUAAUAAAGAUGGGGUUUCCAAGCCCGGCAGCCUAUUGUCCGAUGGUGUGAUAACGACAUUCAUCAAACUACCAACAUUCACGAACCCUAACUUAUCCCAUUUCCUUACACAUUUCAACAAACAAUCCUUAUUUUAUAUUUUUAUUGUCCUAAAACCAUUUCAAAUCCAUUUUUUUUGAGAAUUUCCCAACGAUGGCUUCGACGAUUCCAACGAACCGAUCCUCCUCUGAUGACAUUACCGACACGACGCCCUUUCUGUCACCAACAAGCAACGUUUCAAACGACGACUCCUCCACGCGUCGGACCGUUCGUCGCCAGAGUCUCCGCGAUGCGGCUAGGUUCUUGCGCCGAGCCAGCAGCCGAAGGAUGAUGCGUGAGCCGUCCAUGCUGGUUCGAGAAACCGCCGCCGAGCAGCUCGAGGAGCGUCAGAGCGAUUGGGCGUAUUCUAAGCCCGUAGUUGUUCUCGAUAUUAUCUGGAAUUUAGCGUUCGUGGUGGUGGCAGUUGGUAUUUUGAUUUUGAGCAGGAACGAGAGCCCUGAUAUGCCGUUGAGGCUUUGGAUAAUUGGGUAUGCUUUCCAGUGUUUCUUGCAUAUUGUUUGCGUUUGUGUGGAGUAUAGGCGACGGAGGAGGCGGCAGAGCACGGAAUACAGGCCAUUUAAUGCAGGGGAGGAAGGGGAUUUGAGCCCUGGAUCGAGGGUGGAUUCAGAGCAGUACGUGUCGUUGGCCCAGUUGGAAGAUGAUGGUGGAAGUAGUGCUGCAAAGCAUCUGGAAUCUGCAAAUACGAUGUUUUCAUUCAUAUGGUGGAUCAUUGGAUUCUAUUGGGUAUCUAUAGGUGGCCAAGCAAUGGCACGUAGCUCCCCUCAGCUUUAUUGGCUUUGUAUAAUUUUUCUCGGGUUUGAUGUGUUCUUUGUUGUUUUCUGCGUUGCACUGGCAUGCAUAAUCGGCAUUGCAGUUUGCUGCUGUCUUCCAUGUAUUAUUGCCAUCUUAUAUGCUGUGGCAGAUCAGGAGGGAGCUUUGAAGGAAGAUAUUGAUCAGUUAUUGAAAUUCAAAUUUAAAAAAAUUGGCAGUGACAAGAAAUCUGCUGCUGAUGUCCAAGAACCUGUUGGGGGAAUAAUGACUGAAUGUGGUACAGAUUCCCCGUUGGAACGUGUUCUUCCCAUGGAUGAUGCAGAAUGUUGCAUUUGCCUUUCUGCCUACGAUGAAGGAGUUGAACUAAGGGAACUUCCUUGCGGUCACCAUUUUCACUGUGCUUGUGUAGAUAAGUGGUUGUACAUCAAUGCUACCUGCCCUCUCUGCAAGUAUAACAUCUUAAAGAGUCAAAACCACGAGGAAGUGUAAAAAACGGGACCUCUGCAUAUGAUGUUAACUCUAGAUGCAUUAUAAUGCAGUUGAUACACACAGGUUAUGGUAUUGUUGUUUCUUUUAGUGGUAGUCAUAGAUGUUGUUGAUCAUAUGCUGGUUUGCAAUCUUGUUAUGCUUGUUUUAGCUCUGACCCUCGCAGAGUUAUUGUGUAUAUUAAUGUUUCCGUGGGGGCAUAUAGGCACUAACGGAGUUGAAGAACUCGGUUUACAUCUGUUCGCUGUUGCUGUAUGUCACAGACUAUUAUUGUUAAAGGCUUUUCUUUCUGUAUUUUGAAUGUGCAAGUGCAAGAGGUGUUAUUACAUUACUGGAAAUCUCUCUUUAAAACCAGUAUUUAUCCAGUUUCAAAUUUUGAAGAUGAAUAAAGUUAAAUUGGGUUCAAAUUCUUACUGUCAAUGUGUGAACGUUUAUUAAAUUGAGACAAUAACAAGUAAUAUUGAAAGACCAAGUAAUUGCGUUUUUGGUAUAUUUAUUCCUUUUACCCUCGUUUGGUCGGGUCAUCAACUCAAUGGAACAAUUACAAAAUGACCAAAGUAAAAACAUUACUAUCUAUCUAUAAAUCUUUUUAUUCCUGUAAAUUCCCAAAGCAGCAUAGCCAACCCUAGCUUCCCUUUUCUCCACAAACCCACUAAAAAAAACUCCGCGAUUCCCCAAUUGAGACACAGAUAACCUUCCAGCAGUCGCCGCUUUUCAACAGUGUGAAUUUGAUGAAUUUGGUUUAGAAAGUUGUGGAAAUCUGCAAUCUUUCUUUGAUCUUAUCCUUUUUUUUUGGAUUAAUUUGCAAUAAACUAGAAGGUUGAGGAUUUGGGCUGUUAUUUUUAUUGGAAUUGAUUCGAUAGUGCUUUCAUAACUCACAGCUAUGAAGGAAGAAGAUGUGAACCGAUGCCAGAUUCAAGAAUGGUACCCAAAAUUUAAAUCAGUGUCGAUUAGGACAUUCAUUCAUGAGCUUCCUGAAUCUUUUGUCCAGUACCUACUCGAUGAUUCGGGACCUUUCCUCCUUCCCGCUUCAAUCUCAAACGAGGAUGCCUUUCCGAAUAGAAUUCAUAAUCCAGAAGAGGAGGAAGAUUAUCAAGUAUCAGAAGGAUCCGGAGAUGAAGCAGAAGCUUUUUCGGCCCCUUGUUUCCCAGAACUUGAGUUGAAGAUCAAGGAGUCAAUUGAAACCCUUGGGGGUGCAAUCUUUCCUAAGUUGAAUUGGAGUGCACCCAAGGACUCUGCAUGGAUAAGCACCUCCGGGACACUCCGAUGCACUACAUUCAGCGAGAUUGCUCUCUUGCUUCGUUCAUCUGACUCUUUGAUCCAUGAUCUAUGUCAUGCAUAUGAUUCAUGCAGUGACAAAACCAUGUCAAGACCCCCUGAAUUCUUCCUUGCCCUUCGGAAAUGGUAUCCACGUUUCCAACCCGAAAUGGAAUUCCGUUGUUUUGUAAAAGGGCAGACGCUUGUUGGUAUUUCACAACGGGAGGUGACUACAUUUUAUCCAGUUCUUCAAGAGAAGAAAAACAAUGUUGAAGUGUUGAUUGAAGAAUUCUUCAAUGACAAUGUGAGGGUGAAAUUUGAAUCAGAUGAUUACACAUUUGAUGUUUAUGUUACAGAGGAUGAACGUGUAAAGGUGUUGGAUUUCAAUCCUUGGGGUGCUUUUACAUUGCCUUUGCUGUUCACCUGGGAGGAAUUGGAGCAGAAAGCCAGGGAAGGAGAUGAUUUGGAGUUGAGAAUUGUAGAGAGCCGAUGCGGUGUUCGGCCAGGUUUAAAGACAGCAGUACCAUAUGAUUACUUGGAUGUUAGUGCAGGGAGUGGCUGGGACCAAUUCCUGAGAAAUGCUAGUGAAGAGUUGCAACAGCAGACCAAGUCACCUGAAGCUGGAGCAUAAGAACUUUAGGUCCAAAAUUGAUGCUGUAAUUGUUACUCCUCCCAAUUCAUGUUACCGAGUCAAAUGCAUUGCUAUCAUAGGCAGAAUUCGCCAUUUUAAGCUAGUCAUUGAUUUUGAGUUGUUGGGAAUAUUCAUUCUAAAACCUUUAAGCAAAGAGACAAUGAUAGUUUUGUUUUGGAUAA